GCCGGCGAAUCCUGCACCCCCGCGGUACGCUCCAAACGCAACAAACUCCGUUUUCUUCAAACGAUUCCGUGAACGACGCUUUAAUUGUCGCCUAGUGUUUUCUACCGUAGUGACGAUGAGUAGGCUGUAGUGUUUUUACCUUUUUUAAAUCAUAUGCGAGGAUUGUACGAGGACAAAGUAAAAUCGAUAUUCGCGCGAUGUCUCGCGGAUAGGAGUUCGAGGGGUGGAUUCGGGAGUCGAUGAAGUAGUCGACAUGACGACGGAGACGGCGACGCCUAACCAGGCGGACGCCAGCAGUACGUUCCUGAGGGCGGCCCGCGCCGGCCAGAUCGAGAAGAUCAUCAGCCUGCUGGAGCAAGGCGUCGACAUCAACGUCAGCAAUGCUAACGGUCUGAACGCGAUCCACCUUGCGUCCAAGGACGGCCAUGUUGAGGUGGUGCGUGAGCUGCUACAACGCGGAGCUGCCAUCGACGCCGCCACCAAAAAGGGCAACACAGCCCUCCACAUCGCGUCCCUUGCUGGUCAGGAGGCAGUAGUAAAGCUGCUGGUGCAGAAUGGUGCUCAAGUUAACAUCCAGUCCCAGAAUGGGUUUACGCCACUUUACAUGGCCGCACAGGAGAACCACGACGGAGUUGUCAAGUUCCUACUCGCCAAUGGAGCUAAUCAGAGCUUGGCUACUGAGGACGGCUUCACACCACUCGCGGUGGCGAUGCAGCAGGGCCACGAGAAGGUAGUCGCAGUGCUGCUUGAAGCGGACACGCGCGGCCGCGUGCGUUUGCCGGCGCUGCACAUCGCUGCCAAGAAGGACGAUGUGAAGGCUGCUAAUUUACUACUUGAGAAUGAACACAACCCCGACGUGACAUCCAAGUCAGGCUUCACGCCGCUGCACAUCGCGGCCCACUACGGCAACGAGUCUGUCGCCAGAUUGCUGCUCGCUAAAGGUGCUGACGUCAACUGCGCCGCCAAACACAACAUUUGCCCGCUGCAUGUCGCUGCUAAGUGGGGCAAAGAGAACAUGGUGUCUCUUCUAUGCGACAACGGUGCGAACGUCGAAGCUCGUACGCGCGACGGCCUAACUCCGCUACACUGCGCCGCGCGGUCCGGCCACGAACGUGUAGUUGAGGCUUUACUGGACAGAGGCGCGCCUAUCACUAGUAAGAGCAAGAACGGCCUGGCUCCCCUCCACAUGGCGGCACAAGGUGACCAUGCGGAGGCAGCCAGGGUGCUCCUCUCGCGCCGAGCUCCGGUCGACGACGUCACUGUGGACUACCUCACAGCGUUGCACGUGGCAGCUCACUGUGGACAUGCUAAAGUCGCCAAGCUGUUGUUGGACAGAAACGCUGACGCCAAUGCGCGAGCCCUGAAUGGCUUCACGCCGUUACACAUCGCCUGCAAGAAGAACAGGAUCAAGGUCGUGGAACUGCUGCUGAAAUAUGGAGCAAGUAUCCAAGCAACUACCGAGUCAGGGCUGACUCCGUUACACGUUGCUUCUUUUAUGGGCUGCAUGAACAUCGUCAUAUACCUGCUACAGCAUGAAGCCAACCCUGACGUGCCAACUGUCAGGGGAGAAACCCCUCUGCAUCUUGCAGCUAGAGCUAAUCAGACGGACAUAAUCCGAAUCUUGCUUCGUAACGGCGCAGCGGUAGAGGCGACCGCUCGCGAGCGCCAUACACCGUUACAUAUCGCGUCACGACUGGGCAACGUCGACAUUGCCGUGCUGUUACUGCAACAUGGCGCUGAUGUUCGCGCGCUGACUGCGGGCCACUAUAAUGCGUUGCAUAUAGCUGCUAAACAUCAUAAUCAUGAUGUUGCAUCAGCGCUGAUUGAACACAAUGCCCCACUAACGGCGACCACCAAAAAGGGAUUUUCUGCCUUACAUCUGGCAGCUAAAUAUGGAAAUCUAAAGGUAGCAAAUUUGCUCCUUGCCCAUGGUGCGUCCCCCGACCAGGCUGGCAAGAACGGCAUGACGCCGCUACACGUUGCUGCGCAGUACGACAAGCAGGCCGUCGCCAAUACACUGCUGGAGAAGGGAGCUGAUGCUAAGGCUGUGGCCAAGAACGGUCACACUCCGCUCCACAUCGCGGCUCGUAAGAACCAGAUGGAGACAGCAGCGACGCUGCUCGAGUACGGAGCACUGACUAACGCCGAGUCUAAAGCUGGGUUUACACCACUCCAUCUCGCUGCUCAACAGGGUCACACGGAGAUGUGUUCGCUUCUGCUAGAGCAUAGCGCAGAAGUAGAUCAUCAGUCUAAGAACGGUCUAGCAGCACUCCACCUCGCUGCUCAAGAGGAUAGGGUACCGGUUGCCCAGUUACUUGUGAAGAACGGAGCAGAGGUGGGUAUUUGCACCAAGGGUGGGUACACGCCGCUCCACAUUGCGAGUCACUACGGCCAAGCCAAUAUGGUUCGGUUCCUUCUCGAAAACGGCGCGUCUGUGAAGGCUCAAACGGCGCAUGGCUACACCGCUCUGCACCACGCGGCUCAGCAGGGCCACAUCAACAUCGUCAACAUUCUGCUGGAGCAUAAGGCAGAUGCUAAUGCUACUACUGUUAACGGUCAGACCCCCCUCGACAUAGCGUCGAAGCUGGGCUACGUUACCGUCAUGGAGACACUGAAGGAGGUCUCGGAGCCCUCGCUGGCGCCCGCCACGCAGGAGAAGUACAAAGUGGUGGCGCCGGAGACCAUGCUCGAGACCUUUAUGUCAGACUCCGAGGAAGAAGGUGGAGAAGACACGAUCUUGAACGACCAGCCCUACCGCUACCUGACAGCUGAUGAUAUGAAGUCAUUGGGUGAUGAUUCCCUGCCCAUUGACGUCACUAAGGACGAGAGAACAGAAUCAGCCAUGAGCCAUAAGAACGUCAUGGAGAUAUCGCAAACGUCAAUGAACGGCAUCCCUUACCAGCCGCAGCAGGAGGUGGUUAAGAGCGUGUCACGGUACAGCGCCGUGCAUGCCCCUGAAGCCUACUGCUACAACGUCGACCCCACGCAACCCAAGAAAAAGCUUCAAUGGAAAAAUUUCCUGGUAUCGUUCCUUGUGGACGCGCGUGGCGGCGCGCUGCGCGGGUGUCGCGGGGGCGGCGUGAGGGUGAUCGUCCCGCCGCUGUCUGCGCAGCAACCUACUAGGAUCACCUGCAGAUAUCUCAAGCCAUCUCGAAUCAAUCACAUGCCGCCGCUGAUGGAGGGAGAAGCUCUGGCUUCAAGAGUUUUGGAAAUGGGACCAGUUUCUGCCAAAUUUUUAGGCCCUGUGAUACUGGAGGUACCGCACUACGCGUCUCUCCGUGGGAAGGAGAGAGAGAUAGUGAUACUGCGGUCGGACAACGGCACUAGUUGGCGGGAACACAACGCGGACGCGACCGAUGACGUCGUGCAGGAUAUACUGCAUGAGACGCUAGAAAUUGAAGACACGAACGAGGACGAGAAGGGUUGGGAUGCGCCACGUGUAACCCGCAUCCUUACACACGACUUCCCGCAAUACUUCGCGGUCAUUUCGCGUAUACGUCAGGAGGUCCACGCUAUUGGACCAGAAGGUGGAAUGGUAUCAAGCUCGGUGGUCCCACAGGUACAAGCGGUGUUCCCUCAGGGCGCUUUGACGAAGAAAAUCAAAGUUGGCCUCCAGGCACAAAUUAUAGACUCGGAGCUAACAGCAAAAUUGUUGGGUCGUGGUGUAGCAGUGUCACCAGUAGUAACCGUGGAGCCCAGGAGACGUAAAUUCCAUAAGGCUAUAACGCUGAGUAUGCCGGCACCCCGUCCUCAUACUCAGGGCAUGACAAACCAAUACAGUACAUCUUCAGCCCCUACACUACGAUUGCUUUGUUCUAUCUCAGGGGUAUUUCGCAAAAGAUCUCUCGAAGGAGGAACAAACCGAGCUCAUUGGGAGGAUGUGACUGAAAAUACUCCAUUGACGUUUGUAAAUGACUGUGUUUCCUUCACCACAACUGUAUCAGCUAGAUAUUGGUUAAUUGAUUGCCGACAUGUUGAAGAUGCCACUAAAAUGGCCACAGAGUUGUAUCGGGAAGCAAUUCAUGUACCGUUUAUGGCUCGAUUUGUGGUAUAUGCCAAACGAACGGAUGAAUGUCAAGCUCAGCUACGAAUGUUCUGUGUGACUGAUGACAAGGAGGAUAAAGCUUUGGAACGUAUAGAAAGAUUCAUACAAGUUGCUAAAAGUCGUGAUGUCGAGGUACACGAAGGAAAACCAAUUUACUUGGAAUUUGGUGGCAAUCUGGUUCCAGUUGCUAAGUCUGGGGAGCAGCUUACUAUACCAUUUAGAGCGUUUAGAGAAAACAGAGUUGCCUUCCCAGUUAUGAUAAAGACUCAGGACCUUGAACCUAUUUGUAGGUGUCAAUUUAUGAGAGACCCGAAGGUACCGAAGGGAGAACCGUCACCAGCACCGAUCGCUGCCCUUAAUAUAAUGGUGCCGGAUGAUAUACCAGCCGAAAGAACAUCGCCGGCACCAGUCGAUUCCUUACCACGACGUACUGAAGAACAAGAGCUAAUUUGGAGACAGCGGCUUAGUGACCCAAGGUUAGAAGAUAUAUGCAAUUUACUGGGUAAGGAUUGGGUUGCUCUAGCUUACGAAUUGGGAGUAAGUGUUGCAACUGUAAACCAAAUACAAGCCAAACGUAUAACGAGUGCUGAACAAGCCGAACUCAUGCUUAAAUUAUGGAGGACACAAUCUGGGACGAAAGCUCAAGAUAAUUCAUUAGAACUAGCUUUAUGUCGUAUUGGAAGAGACGAUAUUAUAGCACCACAAUCUGAACUGACAAACGAAAGACGAAUACAACGAAAUAUAUACCAAGAACGGCAAGCUUCAGAAGAAAUAGAGGCUUACAAAGUUGAUGAAGACAAUAAAUUAAAAGAACUAAUACACGAUGACAAUCAAGUUAUAGAAGGUAUUCGUACAGAAGACUUAGAUCAGGAUGAAGCUAAAUAUUCGCCAGAAGAAAAAUGUGUUCUUGAUAAAAGCGAAAUUGAAAGAACCCCCACACCUAGUGAAGAAAGUGAAGAAGACGAAGAUGUCAAACGGAGUGUCGCAGAAAGGAAAGAACAAAUAACUAAAAAAUUAAGUUCUAGUAAAAUACCAGCGUCUAAGCAAAAGAAAGAAAUUAGAGAGGAAAUAAUUGAAAUUAAAACUCAAAUUAAGCCAGACAUCAAAAAGUUCCAGGACAUCGAACAGCAGGUCAAGGAAAAAGAACCAAAAUUGGAACGGACACGUUCGAAAACUACACCUGAUACUGGGGAAGAAGAGGUUGACAAAGAAAUUAGUGAAAAGACACCUUCAUUAGAGCAAAAGAAACCGGAAAGGCCUACGGAUCAAUUUAGAAAAUUUGACCCCUCCUCACCAGCUAAGCCUACUCCUAAGCAUUUACAAAGGCAUAUGAGAAAUGAGUCUAUGAAGUUCUCUUCCGGUGACUUUUCUAAUGUUACUAUUACGCCACGAAAAUCAAUUCCAUCAGAUACUAUAGACACAAAAACAAGUACUGAAACAACAAAAAUAGAUAGUUUUUCAAGGGAUGUUAUUUCACAAAAAGAAAUUGAUAGCGCCAAAAUUGAAGAAAAGCUUGAUGACGGAGAUAAAUCUCCAGAUUUAGUUGUUGACGAAAAAGAUAUAGCAGAAGCGACCUUAAAAGAUAAAAUAAAUGCUAUUGAAACAAAACUUACAAAAGAAUCAUCUGUAGAUUUACCAAAAACAACAGUAAAAUUAACCAAAGAAGCUUUAAAGAAACAUACUCAAGAACAAGAUCCAGGCAUAGAAUAUACACAAGCUUUUAUAAGAGACCAAUCAAAACAAAUCUCUCUUAGAGAAACCGAAGAAAAUGUCACUCAUAAAAUUCACACAGAAGCAGAAAAACAUAUAGAAUCCGUAAAAUCAAUCAAAGAAACAAUACAACAAUUUGAUUCUAGAGUGAAACAUACAAGUGAUAAAAGUAAAGUUUUCACCAAGUCAGUACGAACCGAUUCAACUCUUGUCCAGGUAUCAUCAGAAGAAGAUAGUGAGUUUCUCAAAAAAUCUACAGAUUCCGAAACAGAAACUGAAUCUCAGACUACUGUAAAGGCUGAAAAAGAUAAAAAACAUAAAUUGGAAGCAAAUCAAUUAACAUCUGACAUCACACAUGAUUUAAAAAAAGAUAUUUAUAAACAUAAAAAGCAACCAGAUGAGCAAGAUAUGAUGGCCAAGAAAUAUAAAAUUGAAAAACAAUUAACUGAUGAGUUAAGAACAAAGGUAAGCGAAGAAGAAAUUUCUGAAACUUUUGAAGAAAAGGGUGUUACUAUGACUACUGUGGAAAAAGACAAGGCUGAAGUUCCUCAGUCUAUUUCAAGUACAAAGUCAGAUAUUAGCAAACAUACGAAAACUGAUUCUGGAGGAUCUGACAAAAAAAUGUCCUAUGAAUCUACAAUCCUUUCAUGUACAGCGGAUUCUAUGGCUGAUUUACAACAGAGCACUGAAAAGGAUAUAAGUUUUGUAUCCCAAACAGAAUCAAAGGUUUAUUCUAGAGAUUCAAAACAAAGAAGCGAUUCUUUGGAUGGCUCUCAAUUUUCGGAAUUAGAUGACCAGAUUGGACUCAGCCCUGCACAUAAGCCUGUUGAACGAGGUCCUAAAGAUGUUGUUGUGACAAAAUCUGGUGAAGAUUUUACUGUCGUAGAUAAAUCUACCACGAGUACCAAAGAUAUAACUAAAGAAUUUUUACAAUUUGAAAGUGUUCAUUCGUCAACACUUUUAACCAAAGAACCUGAGAAGGAUACUUCGAAAGAGUCUCCUGUCAUAAGCGCUAAAGCAAGACAAUUUAUUGAAACAGUACCAGAGGAUGAUUCAGUUCAAGAAUGCUUCUUCUCAAAAAGAAUCUAUUCUGAUUCGUUAGAAGAUUCAGAACAUACUGAUUCUAGACGACACUCAGAAGCUGAGUCUUCAAAAUCUGAUCAGUCAGAUGUCAAAGCAAAAAUUUCUUCAUCAGAUUUUGAUGAGAGAGCAGAAUAUGAAGGUACUGCUGAUUCUGGUAGCGCCUUUGGUGAUGAAAAGUUUGAAGAAAGUAUAAGUGGAUUUACUGCUUUGAAAAUUGAUUCAACAACGUUAGAUUCUGAUAAACAAGAAAUAUCUCAGUGUGAAGAGCCAGAGGUACUUUUUAAGAAAAUGACUCCAAAGAGGCAUUCAAGAACAGAAUCAAUAUCAAUCAGCAAAUUAAGCGACUUGAUAGAGACCGAGCCAUCAAAGUCUAAGCAAGAGUUCCAAAUGAUUGUCACUGAAGCCGAAGAAGUUGAUCGUUCAUUCGAAAAGGAUGAUGUCUCUGAUAAAAUUUCCUCGGAGAGCAGCAGAGAGGUUGAAAUUUCAGAUAAAAAGUCCUCUGAAGGUAUCUCUGAUAAAAUAAGUUCGGAAGACGCAGUAACUGAUAAGAAAACCUCGUCAGAAGAAGGUGUAGCAAAAGAUGAUGACUUGGAAGAUUUAAAACAGAAAGAUGCUACGAAAUCCGUUAAGGAUAUUAUAAAGCAAAUUGAGAAAUCAGAAUCUAAAAUUCUAGCUGGAGCAACGUUAGAUAAAGAUGAAACAAAACGACAAUCAGUAACGUCUGUUGAGUCCGGAUCUGCAAGUGAGCUACGGCUUGAAGAAAAACGUCUUUCUGAUGCUCACAGCCUAACAGAAUCAAGAGAUUACACAUUUGAAGAAUCAGAAGAUGAUAUAGCAACACAAGGAACUCAUGUUAAUAUAUUGUCAAAAGAGAGAUCAGAUUUUAGGAAAGAAGAUAAAAAGAUUGAACCAGCGAAACCAGCAAAGUUAACACAUGGAGAUUCAUUAGAUGAUGUAGAGGGCUUCCCAGAAGAUCAUGUUUCAGAAUACGUGCAUAAGCUGCCCCAUAUAUCUGAAAUAAGUGCACAAGAAAAAGAUUUCACAAGCCAAUUCCUUCACAAAGAACGUGAGGAGCAAUUAAAAAGAGAAACGGGCUUAUCUCAUGAAACAUUGAUAGCUUCUUCUAAAAAAAUCACGGAUGCCAGAGAGUCUAUAACACAAAAAACAACAGAAACAUCCGUCAAAGAGAAAGAACACGAGGAUACAGAUAUAAUAGACACAUCCGUAACUACAACUAUUGGGAAUGCGGGAGAAGAAAUAACCACUACAACUACUAUUGAAAAAAUUAAUGGACUCGACGGAGAAGAACAAGUUAAAACUACUGUAAGAGAAACCACAAAAUAUCUAACAGGAGAGGUUGCAACAAAGGAAUCAGAACACACAACAUCUGAAAAAUGCAUGACCAAAAUAAGUGAUGUAACUGAAAGUGUUUCUACUGAUAUCAUUAAAACUUUUGCACAAGAAACAAGUAGCGAUGAACUACAUAAACACGAUUUGAAAGAAGAACUAUUAAAAGCACAAUCGGAUACACAAACAAAAAUAGGACCAUCUGGUGAAACUAUUACAAUUGUUACAUUGACAGAAAUAGCCAAAAAACCUAGUGGAGAGGAAGUUACAAAAACUACAAUAACAGAGAGAACAAAAUAUCCAACUGGCGAAGAAUCAGUGUCAACAAAAGUUUCUGAAGUUACAUCUUCAGUUAAAUAUAAAUCGCAAAUUGUUACUGAAAUCGAAAACAUUAUCUCUUCAACAGAACCACCAGCACCUAUUGAAGUAAAAAAAGGUGAUGAUCAAAUUAUUAAAAGCACUAAGUCAAUUGAACCUGAUUUUGAAGAUAAAAAAAUUCAAGGAACUAAGUUUGAUGUCAGUAAAAUAAGAACAGACACUCUUGAUAAAUUUUCCGUUGGAGAUGAAAUAUCAGAUUCAGGUAAAGAUUCGAAAAAAAUUAAAAAAGGGAUCGUUCAACAUGGAGCUUCCGAAAUAUCUAAGAAAGAAGUAACGAAUGUUGUAGAUGAAAUACUGCAAAAAGGGACAGCCGAUGCUUUGGCUCGCAGUCCCCUACACGAGAAAUCUAUAGUGAAAGAAUUCGAUUCAGAAAAACGAUCUUACGAUGCUAAAGUACCUACGAAAGACGAACGUAGACAUUCUUGUAUCAGCCCUGCUAUAUCAUUAGAAAGAAUAGCAGAGUCAGAAACUGAAACGGAGGAAGAUAUUUCAAAACUAAAGACAGAAGUUUUAGAAAAAUAUAAAGCUGAUGAUUCAAAAAAAGAAUUAAAAAAGUCUGACUCAGCAAUGAAACAAAUGGCUGAAAAUAUUGAAAUAAUAAUUAAACAGGCGUCAGAAGAUAUUGAUAUGUCUUCGGAAGAUGCACCAAUCGAAGAACACCCGAAGGACUUGGAAGGCGAAGUUUCAGUAGAUUCAAUAAUUGAAGAAGCCGUCGUCACAGUUGAAGGGCUAUUAGACAAAUCUAAAGAUUCACAAGACCAGUAUGUAGACUUAACAUUAGAGAAUAUAUCAGAUGCAAAAAGAAUAAAAGAUAAGCCAGGAUUGACAAAAUCUUUGUCAAGGGACAGUGGAGAAACGAUGAUAAUGCCUAAGAAAAAACAAAUUAGAACAUUUUCGGUUCAAAGUUCUCCGGAUGAAAUGGAGGAGCAAAUAUAUACAGAUUCCGAGUCAGAUAUGGAUAAAGCUAAAGUUUUGGAAAUUAUCGAGCCUUCUUCAGAAGUCGAUAAUAAGCUUCCAGCUUCUAGUUUUGACCCAAAAAAAAUGCGCACAGAUUCUUUAGAUGAUGCUGAUGAUUUUCCAGAGAAAGAAACUGAAUACUUUGGAGAAGAUUCAAAAUUCAUCGAACAAAAAGGUUUUGACGAGCAUCAUGUAUUAAGCUCACAUGAAUCAGAAGCCAGUUCCAGUAUACAGCCACAAGACGAAAAACCGAUGCCAUUUACGGGGAAAAAAACUCACUUUGUUGACAGCGUUCUUCGUUCCGAUGUUGUAUCAAAAUCAACUACUGAAUCAUCAGUUACAACUGUUAUUUCCACCCUGACAAAGUCUUCCGAAGACGAUCAGAAAUCUAUAAUUGAGGAUAGAACUUCGGCUGAUCUGUCCAAAUUAAGUGGGGCUGAACUACUUAAAGAUACUUCUAAAAUGUCUUUUGAUACAAAAGACGAAUUUAAAAUUGAUGAUCAAAAUGAAGACAGAGGUACUCCUGAUUUAUCAAAAAAAUCUAUUGAUUUAACAAAAGAUUAUUCAAAAUCUUCAAUAGAUAGCAAAGAUACUUCAAGGGACUUUGCAACGAAUGAACUUUCAAAAGACUCAACGGCAGAUUUAACUAAAGAUUUCUCAAAAGUAUCCAUUGACAGCGUAAGAGAAACUUCGAGAUCAAUAGAUGAAAAGACCUUCUCAGAAGACCAUUCAUCUUUUGAUGUAUCUAAAACCUUAGCUUCAGAUGGUUCAGAUGGUAUCACCAUAAGCAAAGAAUUUAUAGAAGAAGAGAGAUCUAUUUCAAAAAUAGUUCAUGUAUCUACGAGCUCAUCUCAAGAAACAUCUAUUAUGACCGAAAGUAAAGGUAUGAGUGAAGUUGAUGAUAAAUCAUUGGACAGAACUAAUAAAUUAGAAAAAUCUGACUACCAGAUGAAAUCAAUAGAGGAAAAAUGUGAUUCAUUAAAAGACGACGAUGAUGAUGAAAACGAGACUGAAAAUUUAACAAAAGAUGAUUCUGAAGUUCCAGAUAUGAAAGAGUUAAACAGAAGAUGUUCCAAUCUUUUAGAGGAUAUAUCGUCCCAGGGAGCUCUUAUAAGAAUCGACUCCAGCCAUGUUACUCAAGAUUUAGUGUCAAAAUUUUCAAAGACACCACCCCCAUCCCCUGUUGAUUUGAUUAUGAAAGAAAGGGCGAAAUGUGAGGAACCAAGUAGCGACAGGCCAGUGGGACUUCAUCUUAAAGGUUCCGAUUCUACGUUCCUAGAUACGAGCCGACAGUCACCCAGAGCUUCAUCGGCUGGCGAUAGUCUUAUUAGUGAAACUGAAGCUCAUCAAAGUGAACUGACAGUAAAAACAUCAGAGGGGAGUACUGCUACUCGGCCGAAAUCACCGACAAAACACUUGGCUGAUAAUUUGGCUUUUGUGAAUGUUGAUAAGCCAACCAUAACAACUGGGGCAAUUGAACUAGUUGAUCGGACAAUUGAAAAAAGUAUCGAUGUUAUUGAUCAGAUUAAGAAAGAACAAAUUGCUGUUAAAAUGGAAGAACUGCAAAAGUCUACAUCAUCUGAUAAAUUCUACUCAGAAUCUAGAAUUGAGACAUCAACUUCAUCUUCGUCAAUUCAUAAAACUAUAGAAAGUUCUCAGCUCAAAUUUGAGAAUAUUGACCCUGAAUCUGUAAUGUCAGAUAUGAUUGCAAAAUUUGGGACUACUAGUGAUUUUGGCACUGUCUUGUCACACAAAGAAACUGAAACAAGAAAGAUAUCUGGGCAAGAAUUCUUCACAGAGACUAAACAAGUUUCCUCAUCAGAUGACGAUUCCCUCAUUAUUAAAACUGAAACAAGCCAUGAAUUACGAGGUCAAGAACAUGAGUUAAAAGAAAAAUUAGUGGUUCGUAAAGAUGGAGAUCAUACGGAGACAUCUCAAAAAAAGAUGGAAAAAGCACACGAAGCAACUGCCAAACGAUCAGAUAUUGAAACAAAGACAGUUUGCAAAAGUACAGAUGACUCUGAAAUUAUCAAAGUAGAAAGAGAAUUCAUUGAACAGGGUCUAUAUACUGGUAGGCAAACAAAAUCUGAAGAAAGAAUGACUGCAAUAAAAGACGAAACUGUUAAAAAGAAACAUGAAGUAAAAAUAUCUGAAAGAGAUCUAUCUCAUGAACAGUGGGGUAAAGAAUAUUUUACAGAGCCAGGAGAGCUAGAAGAUAUUAAUGAAGAUGAAAUAAACAAAAGUAAAACAGCAUACAUUGAUACUAAUUUAAAAAUUAUAGAAAAAGAUGAAGUGAUGUCAAGUGUUGAGUUGUCCGAGCGGGGAAAAAUAAUCAGUACAAAAGUUGAACAUCAUAAAGAAGAAUCUGUUAUUGAAAGCAAAGAACAUGAUGACCUUAGUUCUGAUGCUCCAAGUUUUAAAAGUGAAACAGUAGAUAAGCACGAUUCAUCUGAAGCUAGCCCAAAGAGCAAAAGUAAAUCAUUUAAAAAAGAUGAUGAAGUUUAUGAAGUUGAUUUCAUAAAAGAAAUAAAAGUAUCAACAUCGCCAGUUAAGAGUUCAUUUAGUCGAACCGGUAGUCAAGAUACGCAAUCAGAAUCUGAAAUUGUACCUGAUUUACCCCAUGAUGAAAAACCUGACACUCCUAAGAAAGAUAAGUUUGCAAAAUCUCCCAUAAAAUUGCCCCAUGAACAAUUACAGGAUCAGGUAUUAGAAAUAUCAAGGGAGACAUCAGAAAUAAAUGAAGGAGCAACUGAUGUUUCUAAAGUUCAGGUAACCUCGUGUUCUAAAGCUUAUCAUAUUUCUUCUGAUAAUGAAUCAGUACUUGAUGCCAAACCAUGCGUUUCUCAACAAUAUGAAGUGUCUACAAAAGUUACCAAAACGGAUAUGUCUCCAUGUACUUUAGAAACAUCAGAAGAUCUUAGUAUAACAUCAAAAGAUAUUAUGAUAAAAUCAGGUGAAAGCAUAGAUACUGAAUAUAUGAUUAAAUCUUUAGAAUCACAUGAAGGUGAGGCAAUGCAAAAAUCAAUAGACUCAACUGUAAGUGCUGAAACUUUGCAUCCUUCAGAAUUUUCAACUGAAGCAGAUUCAGCGUUUCUAACUGGAACUGAGCAUAAAAGAGAAGAAAUGAAACUUUUGAAAGAAAAAAGCACAGAAGAUAUAUGCAGCAGUGGAUAUGAUACAGACCUGUCUUCUGCUGAAUUUCAUGCAAUGAAAUUAGAGUCAGAAAAAAUUGAUGUUUCAUCAGUUAAGUCUGUUCCACAACUUGCGGAUUUGACAGUUUUAGAAAAAACCAUUGAUGAAGUUAAGCAGUCUCUCGAAGCUGCUCAAGGUGAAUUAAUUAGUGAAAAAAGUGAUGGAAGUAUAAAGUAUAAGCAAUCACCAUCUGAAUUUCAAUUUAAAUUACUAAUAAGUCCUGAGAAACCAGAAGUAAUCACAGAGGAACCCCAACUAUCAGAAGAUCUACCAGAAAAAGAUCAAACAAGAGAACUAGAUGAAAAUACAGUUAGGAUAUUGGAAAGUCAGAUUUCAGAUAGUGCGUCCCAAAAAAUUAGUUCCCAGGAAGAAACAACAUUGUCAGAUGAGGAUAAAGAUACCGUUCACCAAAAAGAAUUAAGCCCUCCUCUUGAAGGUGAUAUUUCGAUAAUUUCAGAUAGCGGACCACAUUCCAUAUUAGAAACUGAAAGUGAAACUGCUAUUUCUGACAAGGAUUUAUUAUCAUCGAAGGGUAGUCCAGAAGUUAGACUACGGACACAGAAACACAUAAAAUCUCAUUUAGGGGUUGUAGAAAGAAGAUCAGCCUCCGAAGUAGAAGGUUGGUCAAGUUCAGGUGAAAGUCACUAUCAUAGUUUUGAACAUUCGGAAAGUAGGCCCUUAUCUUCUGAUAUAGAAGUGAUGAUGACAGCACAAAGUGGAACAGAAUUUGAAACUGCUCUCACUAGUCAAGAUAUAUCUACUCAGUCAAUGAGAACAUCAAAAGAUUACUUUACUGCUGGUAGCUCCCUUGCAUCAAGGGAUAGUAUGAAAAGUCUGGAUUCAGAUGCUUCUAGUCAUGUAGCUAGUAUAGAUAUUUCUGAUGCCUCUGAAACACUUGUACCUUCAGCCAAUGAAUUGAAAGAAGAAUUAAUGGAAAGUAGCACAUAUGUAGAACAAUUUCUACAUGAACCUGAUAAAAUCCUAAAAAAGAUUAAGGAUGGCAGUGAUGAAGAAAUGUCAGGGGAGGAUGAUGAAUUAAAAAAUGCCAGCAUAGAACUUGUAGGAAAGAUGAAAAGAUCUCAUGAAAUGCGCUUUCAGCCAAAAGAAUUAAUACCAGAGCAUUUCCCCGGGGAUAGUAAUUCCGAAAGUGUCGAAUUUGAUGACGACUCUUUAAAAGACAAAGAAGGCUCUGAUACGACAAUAUCAAGUCAGUUCAAAACAGAUGAAAUUUUAUCAUCAUCAAUAUCUAAAUUAGAUAUAUCAUCCUCUCAUUCUCAAUUGGAAUCUGAUAAGGAAGAAGCACACGACCACAUGACUAAAGUAUCUGUUCAUUCUGAAAGAGCUGUUCCCUUUUCUGUUACAAAAGUUGAAAGACCGCAGCGACAAAUGGUAGAUAUCGAGAGUGAGAUUAUUCCUGUUGGUUCUAAAGAAUACGAAGAAAUAGAGAAAAGGGGGAUCAAAACAAAAGAUCCCGAACAGACUUCAUCUCAUGAGAGCGUGACUGUUGUAAAAAAAUCUUUAGUCUUGGAUGAAAGUCUCCCUAGCAGCCAUAAACCGCAAACCGAUACUUUGGAAGAAGAAUGCAUUAAAAAAGUUGUAUCGGAUGUAAGUGCUAUUCCAUUUCCCGUUGUAGAAAAACCUCCCAGGCAAAGAGACUUCGUAGACGUAGAAAGUGACAUUAUUCCAGUUGGGUCCAAGCAAUAUGAAGAUCUGAUAUUAAAAUCUAAAAGUGACUCAUCGGUACCAAAAACUAAAAUUGAAAAGUCUGUAACUAAAUCAUCUGAAGGCCUCCUAGAUAGUAAGCAAAGUUCUACUUCAAGUCUUAAAACACAUGAGCAUUUAUCUACACCCCAUACACCUUUAUCCGCCCCAAGUCAAAGUUCACUUUCUACAGAUAAUGGCAGAGAAUACAUAAUAGACGAUAUGUAUGAUAUAUCUGAAACACCAGAAUUAAACACAGAUUUAGUUACUGAAAGCAGUAGAUCCGAACUUAUUAUAACAACUGAAGAUAGGACGAUGCAUGCUUUGGAAAAGGAACAGGAAUCACCUACAAGUGAUGAAUUUGAAAUCGUAGAUAAGCCAAGUGAGAUGGAUGACUUUGUCGUUAUCGAGGAAGUGGCAAGAGAAGCUCAAGAAAGCGAUCCAGAAGGUAAAAGUGUUCAAAUCAAAUCUCAAAAAUAUGUAAAAAGACAUGAUACGGAGGUGGAAGAAUAUUUGUCAAAAGCUUCUAAAAAACAAGAAAGUACUAGUAGUACUUCCGGAUCAUUGUCUGACGAGGAAUUAUUACAAUAUGAAAUUGAUCAGAAAAGAUUACAAGCGCAAGAACUAGCAGAGAUUGAAGCUGGUAAACGUUGGAUUCAAAUGCAGUUUGAAGGAGAUCCGCGGUAUGAUUAUGAGCGAGUGCCAUUAGAAGAUAUAAAGGAAGAAGAAAUGACUGAUUUUGAUGCCAGUAGAAUAGGUAGCCUUAGUUCACAAAAAGAAUCGAUUGGAAGUUUUGGUAGUUUUAGGAAUUCAUACGGAAGUCUUUCGGAAUCAGAAAUGGCAUCCCGAAUGCGAUUUAGAAUAAAGGGUGAAAAUGAUGACAUAUCAAUAAGUUCACUACAAGAAUUUGAAAAUUUGGAAAGGAUGCUGAUGGAACAGUACCAACAAAACUCGUCGUCAUCGCAAGAUUCAUUAAAUGGUUCCUUACCGCGAAGAUACAUUUUAAGUAAAAGUCAAGGAGAUGAUAUAUCAGUAUCCAGUCUUAAAGAAUUUGAAGGACUCGAGUCCGCGUGUUUUGAAGCUUUAAAAGCUGAACUAUUAGCCAAACAAAAAGAGGCUCUCUUACUUGCAGACCCUAAAGUAGUUAGCGGAAGUUUCCUCGAACAAGAGAAACGAUCUUAUGAUACCAGUUCUGAUAGUAGUCCGCCCUUAAAAAGUAGUGGUAGCCCGGGCCAAAAAAGUGGCAGCCCUUCUCAAAAGAGCGGAAGCCCAUCACAAAAAAGUGGAAGUCCAUCACAAAAAACAGGAAGUUAUGGUAGCCCGUCGCAAAGGCUGCUGGCAGACUCAGCUGCUAUUAGAAAACUUAUUGAUCAACAGCUAGCACUCGAACAAAGAAUGCAAGAAUAUGCAAAUAAACCAAAAGUGGUGACCGUAAAAAAGUAUGACGAUAAAGGCGCGUUCUUUGUUCCGGAACCAGAGGAAGAAAAGGCAGAUGACAAAGUCUCUGUAGAAGAAGAAUGCAAAAAGUCUACUUCUUUCGUUUGUGCCUCAGCACCAAGCGAUGGAUCAGCUGAAUCAAUACCUGGAGACUGUGAAGAAAUGAUGAAAUUAUUAGAUCAGGAAGAAGAGAAGAAAUCAGAAAAACAAAACCAGUAUUUAAUAGCGAAAUCCUUUACGGAUACUGGGGUCGUAGAAGUUGUGAGAACAACUACUGUUAUACAGCAAAAAUUUGUUGAUGGGAAAAAAGUGUCUGAAACUGUGAAAAGCACUGAUACUGAGGGCGCGGUAGAUAUACCAACCAAACCAAAACAUGGUGAUGAAAGUGCUAUGUCAUUAGGUUCAGAAAUGUCAUCUUCAUUAGCCUCACAACCUUCCGAACUAGAAAGUCUGGUAACUGUGAUCGAAAGGUACCCUUCAGAUAGUGACGUGCAAUCAUUUUCAAGGCAUGCUACGAUGUCAUCAGAUAGGCUUGAAGAUUUAGAUUUAUCUAGAGAGAGCAGUGCUGUCCGUGAACUAUCGCCCUCAUCGGUGAGGUCGGUAGCUCACAGUAUUAUUUCCGGUAAACAAUUUACAGAUCCAGCUAGCGGGUCUUGGAGUGGUCAAGACGAAGAACUGAGCUCGUCUGGGAGCUUCAGUCGGGCACGAGCAGAUCUGAUGCUAGGAAGUACUGACAGCCUUGAGGCAACAAGCUCAAAUGCAACCAGGGCAACGUUCAACUACGAAGUUGAUACCCCAAUGACAGGAAGCUUAACUUCAGGAGCGGUACGCCCUCCAGGGUCCAAUACCAUGGUAUCGUCAUUGGACACCAUGGACCCAGUGACUGCGGUCCAAAUGGAGAGCUUAGAACACCAGUCCACGAGCGAACAUUACUCACAGGAAUACGAAGUCCAUGAACCAGAUUCGGAUACUGAAAGAUUGGAACUUGAUGGUCGUACGCCAAAGGCAAAGGAGCGCACUAUUAUGUUCGAUAGUACAGAUACCUUGAGCGCAGUAAGUGGCGACGGCUCUGUGAGGGAGGUGACUGUCGAAGCCCCUGCUGCUACGUUUUAUAUUGGAGAUACACCGAUAACAAGAGGAGAAAGACACGAAGAAGAAGAAUCUCAACCAACUCUAUCUGGGAGCUGUCCAGCGUCUCUUCCCCCGACCGCGCAGCCGUCACUGCCCGUACCAGCACAGAGAAGGUCAUUGACGACGCUUGCAAAAUCUCCAUCAUCUAGCUCGGAGCACUCACCUAAGAAAUAAAUUCGAUUAGCCUUUUCGUUAUUUUCACAUGAUUUGUUAACAACUUUUCGUAAAGUUUUAUCGGCUUUAGCUUAGCAAAUAUAAGCAUCGUUUGCUGUUCCUUGCCGAUUUACGUAUCUGUGAAUAUUGAACGUCUAUUAUUUUAUACGAUGAGUUUAUUUACAAUACCCUAACCGGUUGUAGGUAAGACAAAUAUUUUAGGAAACGAUUAUACCGGACGUACUAAUCGUGAACUAACUAGAUAUCAUUAACUUCUAUAGGUAUAUAGUGAUAAAUAUAUCAAACCGUCAUUUGGUGUUAUGAAACAUUUUGGAUGUAUUUUGGUACUCACUUUUGUACUGUGCCGUCGAAAACUCGACACUGGUCCGCAAUUACUCUUCGACCUAUAACUUUGAUAGUGUGCUUAGCUUACUAGUCUGAUUGCUUACUCAAUACCCACUGUAGAAAUAUUGACUAUUUUGUAAGCGUUAAAUGUAAGUAGAUAUGUUACUGGGGACUAAGAUACGUCUAUACUCGUGUACAGAAUGCCAAGCAUUUGUUGUUGGUUUCCAUCUGGAUGGUUUCGGGUCUCAUCUCUUGCACAAUUUCUCAAAUAAGUAGUUAGAUAGAGGUACAAAUAAUGUGGACUAGCUAAUGCUUUUAUAAGAACUUUUCGUACUCGUUAUAAGUUCACUUUUUUUCUUAUUUAUCUUAAUUAUUAUUUCGUCCUAGACCAUCGUUAUGACUUCCAUUAUUUAAUUUAAAUGUUAAGACAUUAAUUUAUUGUACCUCCUAAACUUAGAUUUAGUUUUGCAAUAUUUUGUUUAUUAGAUUUGUUUAUAAACUAUAAAUUUAUUUAAGGCUAACUACGUCUUUUUAAGGUUUGAGACUGAAGAUGGUUAGGUUUUAUAAUACGCAUUAGCGAUUUUAAAUUUACCCGCGCGAAAAUGUGGGUAGGAUGAAUUGUCACCACGUCAAAAGAGCGAGGGAAAGAGACCGCAUGAUUUCUUUUACUUUUCGCUGUUUUAUCGAAGUCUCUUUAAAAACCCAAAAGGCUGGAUCUUGCGGUGCAGCGGCCAAACCGCGCGUUCAAAUAAAUCCAUCUGAACGAUGAAAUCAAUAAUAUUGUCUAACCCUGGACACCCUACAGUUAUCCUUCUUCUCUCUUUUCGACGUGUGGAUAGUUUUAUAGAAAAUUUCGUUUAAAGUCAAUGUGCUUAAUGUUACCGCAUUGCUGUCGUAUUGUUCAGUUGUGUUGCGACAAUGUUCACGUUGUAUUUGUAAUAUUGCUACAUAUUCUAUAAACUAUAUUAUUGAACAUUAAAUAAAAUGCUGUCUCAUAUAUAA